AUGUCCAGGCCUCGCUCAGUGGAACGGCAGAUUGAGUGGGAGCCGAAAGCUGCUGGAGGCAAACUACCAGAUAUUGGGAGCACAGAAGCGGCCAGUCGUCUGCCGCACCUGGAUCCAACAGCAACGGCCGAACAAAGCGAGAGCAGCGCGGCCUGCUGGAAGAGGUUGACUUCUUCCCCUCACUCGACUCUUGUCUACAGGUUGCUCUGGUCGUUGGCUGUGUUGUGUGUGGUCGGACUUGUGGGAGGCUUCGCUCUUGGCGUAGGACUCUGGGAUACACAGCUUCUCACUGGAAGCCUCCCAUGCAACAUGACAGAGGAAACCUCCUUGUCAGACCACAGGAAAGUAUUUUACAGAAUCAGCGCGGAGAAUUCUCUGCUGGAGAUCCAGUUGGGCCAGACGCCGCCCACCUGGCUGCCAGUGUGCUACGAGAGGUGGAACUCAUCACUGGGGACGUUGGUGUGUCGACAGCUGGGCCAUCUCAGACUGACCAAACACAAAGGCGUCAAUAUCACCGAUAUCUGGCCCAACUACGCACACGGGUUUAUGCAAAUUACCCCCCAACACAAAAGCAAUCUGGAAACUAUGUGGCAAUUCAGAGGGAGCUGCAGCACUGGGAAGGUGAUCGCCUUGCAAUGUUUCGAAUGCGGCACCAGGGCCACGUUCUCCAAAAUCGUCGGGGGCGGGGAGGCGGCGCUGGGUAGCUGGCCCUGGCAGGUGAGCCUCUACUACAACAAUGACUACUUCUGCGGAGGCUCCGUCAUCACUCGCCAAUGGAUCCUCACAGCUGCUCACUGUGUGCACAACAACAGGGUGCCUCAUUUAUCCAGCUGGACGGUCUAUGCUGGCAUAGUGGAGCGCACAUCCACAAACAUGGCCCGGCAGAGUGGACACGCAGUGGAGAAGAUCAUUCACCACCAGGACUACAACAGCAGGGACACGGACAGCGACAUCGCUCUGAUGAAACUGCAGACACCGCUGAACUUCUCAGAUACCAUCCGGCCCAUCUGUUUACCUCAGUACAACUACGACCCUCCGAGCGGGACGCAGUGCUGGAUCUCCGGGUGGGGACAUACAGUGCCUCUUGAAGGUAAAGGGCCGACUAAACUGUCCGAGGCCCUGAAAGAAGCGGCGGUCCCCAUCAUCAGUACAAAGAAAUGCAACAGCUCCUGCAUGUACGACGGGAUGAUCACGCAGCGGAUGCUGUGCGCCGGAUACACGGAUGGGAAAAUGGAUGCUUGCCAGGGGGACAGUGGGAGUCCUCUGGUUUGCCAGGACCACGACGUCUGGAGGCUGAUCGGGGUUGUCAGCUGGGGCCACGGCUGCGCCCAGCCCAACUACCCAGGCGUCUACACCAAAGUGGCAGAGUUCUUGGGCUGGAUCUACGACACAAUAGAGGUAACUCAUGAGUCACAUCCGGAGGCAUAUUGUGAGGGCCAGACUUUAUUAGCUGGUCAGUCAACGUCAGAGUGAGAGGAAUGUGUCAAUACAAAUAUUCAUCUUUUAAAAUG